UUUCAAUAUAAUGAUGAAUAUGAUUGACUUUAUUCUGAAUUGAGGGAAGGUUGGGGAAAGGGAGGAGUGAUGGUUAAUCGUCAAGUAGUAACAACUGUAUUCAGUUUCUUAGACCAAACAUGUUGUUUUUGUAAUGUUUGCUAUAGCUGACUUUUUCAACUUUUUUUUUUUUCAAACAACGUCCCACGCCAAAUCAAGGCAUUGACAAUUUCUUUGAUAUUUCUACCAUUCGAUCUGUAAGACUAUGAGCCAGCAUCAACUAAAUUACUUACGAAAUGUCAGAGCAGUUACACCUACACCUUCUGGUUGGACACCAGAAGUCAAAUAUAUUGACAAACUGUUUUGGUCACCUGGGGUUCCCAAAGACCUAAUCGAACUUUAUCAACCUUCAAAUCCGAAUGCGAUCGAUCCGCGACGUACGAUUAACUUUAUGAAUGAGCAUGUUAACCUAAUUGGCACCUAUCCAGGUACGAGGGAGCAGAGACGAAAUAUUAAAAUUAAAAAGAUCACUGAUAAAACACACCCCUGUUGUGGAGCGUAUGGAUUAUUUGCAGCACAAACAUUACGGCCGAAACAACUCAUUAUUGAUUAUCUGGGGGUGGUUGAAUAUAAAGAUGGAUAUGAGCCUACUUCUGACUAUGUCUUGAGAUACGGUACAGAUCUGUCGAUUGACGCUGGAAGGUGCGGCAACGAAGCUAGAUUUUGUAACGAUUUCCGAGGUUGUGGACCUGAGCCCAAUGUUUGUUUUAUGAAUUAUAUGGAUGAGAAAACAAAACACAUAAAAGUGGGUAUUGUUGCAGUUUUGACUGUUUGGUGUUAAGACUUAAGCCUUCUUUUCCUUUCCAGAGAAUUUAUUGUUAUCUUAAAAA